UGUUUCUUUUUAAUUUUCUUUUUUAUCUAGCUGAAAAAGAUGAAGUUUAAACAUAUCGAGUUAUCUCUCUUCACUUCACUCUCGGUAGCUGACGAGUUAACUCAAAUCACCGUAAGCGUGUUACCACUUUGUUCGUGUGCAGGAUUUAUUGUGUUUUCUUUUUCCAUAUUUUCGUGUCUCAGCACAAAUUGGAUUGUGAGUAAACCCUGGUUAGGAUUGGCGAGUGGUAUUUCUGCUUCCUUGUGUGUUGUGGCGUCUUUUGGUUUCGUCAUGAUGUGUGGAGUGCCCUACGUAGAUGUUGUGUUGUCCGUACCAUUUCUAAUGUUAGGAAUUGGAAUCGAUGAUUCGUUUGUCUUGAUUGCUUGUUGGAGGAGAACAAAUUCGAAGAAUUCUGUAGAACAGAGAAUGGGCGAAACAUUCUCCGAAGCCGCUGUAUCUAUAACUCUCACUUCUGUGACUAAUUUUUUAUCAUUCUGUGUGGGCAUAGUUACACCAUUCAAAAUUACUCAAAUUUAUUCUAUUUAUGCUUUAACUUCCAUUUUAUUUUGUUAUAUUUACGAGAUAACUUUCUUCGGUGCUUGCCUCGCCCUUAGCGGUUACAGAGAAAAGAAAAAAUUGCAUCCAUUAACAUUUCAGCCAACUGUUUCUAAGAUAGAAGCGGACAGCAAGAAUCGCCUUUAUACGUUAUUUUGUUACGGCGACGACUCAGACAAGAGAAGCGAGAUAGUAUGGCCGAUGAUAUUUUUCCGUGAUUAUUUCUCUAAGCUAUUGACCAAUAAACAUUCCAAGAGUAUUGUUCUUUUCGUGUUUUUUACCUAUUUGGGAUGUUCUAUUUAUGGAUGUUACAGCAUCAAAGAAGGAAUGGAUUACAGAAACAUCUUUCAAUAUGAAUCGUACGGUUGGAAAUAUAUGGAUUGGCAUUAUCGUUAUUUCACAGAUUAUCCUCAUCGAAUUCAAAUUAUCAUAAACAAAACAUUAGAUUAUUCGAAUCCUGUUAUUCAAGAGAAAGUAGAAAAUCUAUUGCAAAAGUUUGAAAACACUUCAUUUUCUGCUGGAAGAGAAUUUACGGAAUCGUGGCUCAGAAUCUACAAAACGGUAGUAAAGUCACCUCAAGGAUGGUUAUCUUUUAGAGGUUAUAAUAUAUCGAAUAAACAAGAUUUCAUCGAAGGACUGAAGAUAUUUUUUCGGUUUAAUAUAUUUGAAAAAUUAUCUACUGAUGUGAUAUUCAAUGAAAAUCACACGGAUAUAGUAGCAACUAGAUUUAUCGUCCAUUCUAAAAAUAUACGUAACUCCAUUCAAGAAAAGAAUAUGUUAAUUGAGCUGUAUAAAAUUGCCGACGAAAGCGAAUUCCCUGUGAUAAUAUACAGUCUGUUAUUCCCUAUAAUAGAACAACUCCUAUACGUCAGAGAUAUUUCUAUUCAGACGGUGGCAUCCGCAGCAGCCAUCAUGGUGAUCACUUUCUUCGCCUUCAUACCGAAUAUAAAAUGUGCUCUGUUCGUUUCUUUUUCGGUUGUGUCCAUCGAAGUGGGUGUUAUCGGUUUAAUGAGUUACUGGAAUGUAAAUCUGGACGCCCUAGCCCUUAUGUCCCUUAUCAUGUGUGUAGGAUUUUCCGUAGACUUUGUUUCGCAUAUAUCUUACGCGUAUUUAUCUUGCGAUUAUGCAACCAGUAAAGAGAAAAUACGUUAUUCACUCUUUUCUGUUGGAAUGCCCGUAGUACAAGGUGCGACAAGUACUAUAUUGGGAAUAUUCUUUUUGAUAUUAGCGAAAUCUUAUUCCUUUAUUAUUUUCUUUAAAAUUGUUUUUAUAGUGAUGAUUUUGGCAUCUAUUCACGCGUUGGUUGUUUUACCCACUUUAUUAAGUUUUACUGACAAUUUAUACUAUUUUAAGGCUAAAAAUAGGCCUACAGCCACGGAUCUAAACACAUUAGAAGAGACAGAAGAAUUGAAUUCGUUAAGAAAAACUGAAAGUGAUAUUGAAAGCAAGGAUACUAUUCAAAAUAAUGAAGAUACAUAAAGUUUGUAUCAAACAUCUAUAAAAAAAUAUGUGGGCCAUAAAUUUUUUUACAUUCCUGUGAUAAGACUUUCGGCAAAAUCUACGGAUCAACGAUUUUAUAUGCAAGAUUUUGAUAUACUUAUGUUCUGUUUUUACCAAUUGUGAAUGUCUGAUUGAAAAUAUUAUAUAAUGGUUUCAUACGAGUUAAAAAGUACUUAAGUAAGAUAUUUACAAACAGUAUAUUUACAAGUUAUUAAUAAAACAAUAUUUAAAUAAUUUA